GUAUUGGAAUGGUCACAACGUUAUAUAGAAAACACAGAACAAACCAAAGAACACAAAUUACCUAAUAACUUGAAACAGUUGAUGACACCGUUAACCCAAUAUUUGCAAGACACUCCAGCUGGAACGCAGUGCUCUUCUAGUCUACAGUCUUUGUUUACACAAUUAGAAAAGUUUCAGUUGACAGUGGGUGAACUACAAAUGAUCGCCAACCAAAGACCCAAUAGUGUAUUACAACUAUUGUGUAUUUUAUUUGACUGUGAAAGAAGGUUUACUGAAGAAGAAAUGGCAGUAAGUUGGGUUUCUACUUUCUCUCUCUUUCCUAUUGGUGAUCUUGUUAUUUGCUUAGGGAAUAUUACAAAUUAUUGACACUACUUUAGAGCCAAGUCCUAUCAAAGGAGAAGUGGAUAUGCAGUCUACUCCUAAUAGCUUGUAAGAGGAGUUGUUGAAGGUGGGAAUAGGUAUUUGACUCAUAAUAACUUGUUACGUUUUGUAAAUUACUUGUUG